AUGCGCCCUAUUUUGCUGUCGGGCCAUGAACGGUCCCUGACUCAGAUUCGUUUCAACCGCGAUGGCGAUCUCCUUUUCUCCGUCUCCAAAGAUAAGAUUGUCUGCGCCUGGUGGUCCGCCAACGGCGAGCGUCUCGGAACGUACAACGGUCACCAGGGUGCUGUUUGGACCGUCGAUGUCAGCCCCAACACCGUCCUUCUCGCUACCGGCUCCGCCGACAACACCACUGGUGAAUGCGUGAAGGUUUGGGACUUCCCUACCGCCGUGAAGCGGGUCGCUUUCUCCCCGGAUGGAAGCAAGCUGUUGGCUGUGACGGAGAAGCGUAUGGGUUUCCUGGGUACGAUCGUUGUGCUGGAUAUCAACUAUGGCGAGAACUUGGAGGAUCAGGCCGCCGAGCCUUCCCUGAAAAUUACUUGCGAGGACAGCAAGGCGACAGUGGCGGGAUGGAGUUUCCUCGCCAAGUAUAUCAUUGCCGCGCACGAAGACGGCAGUGUCAGCCAGUACGACCCUAAGACUGGUGACCAGCUGCUCAACGUCCAGGUCCACGAGUUCGACUCCCAGAUCAACGACAUCCAAUUCUCCCCCGACCGCACCUCACUCCUCACCGCUUCCAAGGACAAGUCUGCCAAGCUCCUGUCCGUUCGCGACCUCAACAUCCUCAAGACCUACCCCGCCGACACUCCCCUCAACUCCGCCUCCAUCACCCCCAAGAAGGACUACGUGAUUCUGGGUGGUGGUCAAGCAGCCAUGGAUGUCACAACCACCUCCGCCCGCCAGGGUAAAUUCGAGGCCCGCUUCUACCACAAGAUUUUCGAAGACGAGAUUGGCCGUGUCCGUGGUCACUUCGGUCCCCUUAACACCAUCGACGUCCACCCCGCCGGUACCGCGUAUGCCUCCGGUGGUGAGGACGGUUACGUCCGUAUUCACCACUUCGACAAGUCCUACUUCGACUUCAUGUACGAGGUUGAGCGGGAGCAGAUGCGGAAGUGA